AUGAAAGUCGUCUUCUUGCUAGCUAUCACGUCGGCACGUCAGUGCCUCCAAAAUAAACAGCGUGUGUAUCCUUCCAUCCCUGCAGACCGGGUGUGCCAGCAGCCGGGGCUCUCCCUUUGGAUCCCCUUCCAGAACGCCGCCACCGCAGUCACCAACCUCUACAAAGAAAGUGUGGAUGCCCAUCAACGAAGCUUUGAUGUAGGAAUUCAAAUUGGCUAUCAGCGUCGUAAUAAGGAUGUGUUAGCUUGGGUUAAAAAACGCAGAAGAACUAUCCGUAGAGAAGAUUUGAUCAGCUUCCUAUGUGGAAAAGUUCCUCCUCCACGAAACUCUAGAGCUCCCCCAAGAUUGACUGUAGUAUCCCCUAAUCGAGCUACUUCAACAGAAACUAGCUCAUCUGUAGAGACUGAUUUGCAGCCCUUCCGUGAAGCCAUAGCUCUGCAUGGUCUUAGUGGUGCAAUGGCUAGUAUAAGUGUUCGUUCAAGUACCCCAGGCUCUCCCACUCACGUAAGCAGUGGUUCCAAUGCUAGUCGUAGGAGAAAUGGACUCCAUGAUGUUGAUUUGAACACUUUCAUAUCAGAAGAAAUGGCACUCCACUUGGACAAUGGUGGAACUAGAAAGCGUACCUCAGCCCAGUGUGGCGAUGUCAUUACAGACUCACCAACUCAUAAACGCAACCGAAUGAUCUAAACUGCAAAAAUUUCAAACCCACCAUGCUGCUUGAAAGCCACUUGAUCCUCAGAGUACUAUUGAAAAGGAAACAUGAGGCCAUCUUCCCAUAUUCACUGUUUAAGACAAGUGAAUUCAAUAAUUGCCAUAAAGGAAGUUUUAGGUAUUACAGUAGAUGCCUCUUGUAACUACGGCUUUCUUAAACUAUAUUCUUAGCAGAGGACAUCAGAUAUUGUGUAGUAGUUAGCAAGAUCAUCAUAGGCGAACAUGUAUCCGUUCCAAGGCUAAAAGUGACCUUACUUGUAUUCUUAAAGGGAAAGGAAAUAUCAGAUGUUUUAUUUGGUUAUAGAAUGCUUUGUCCUUAUUUCCUGCUGUGUUGAGUAUUUGCUUCAACAGUAUUGCCAGUUUGACUGAAAUUGUCUAAAAUAUGACUUGGCAUCUUGUCAAAUCUGCAGGCUUCCAUUUUCGCAGCACUGUAUAAGGCACCUAGUUUCUAUAUAGUAACAGUGUGCAAGUUAUAAAUAUUGGACUGUGCCCUUUUUAGUUUUAAAAGCAGUUGAUAAUUCUGGUGAUUGUGUGAUAAUGUAAAGAGGUGCUAUGAUGGUCAUGCAAUUAAUACUUAAUAUUGAAUCAAUACAAGGACCCUUAUUGGAUUCACUUUGUGUGUUUUAGUGCUCUGAAGUAGCAAUAUUAAAGUUUCCCCAGUUAACUUCAUAGGGUUUUACACUUUCAGUUUGAGAACAUAUAUGUACUUGCUGGUAUUAUCCUUGUGGUAAACAAAAAACAGUGCGAACUGUGCACCAGUACAGACCUAAAUUUAGAGAAAGAUGUCCUGUAAUUGGAGAAUAGGCUUUUUUUGUUCAGUAUUAGUGAAGGGUAGGUAUUGUGUGCAACCAUAUCCCGUUUUACAUUUUUGUGUGAAGUAAUUGCCCGUGUUGGGGAGGGGUGGGAUGCAAGGGAAUAGGGAACAGUUGGAAAAUGGUUGUGUUCUGUCUGCUGGUGAGCAAGAUUUCUGGUCACUUAUGGAAACUGCUGGAACUGAAUAGUUUCUGUGUGACAUCGUCUUUAAGAUGGAGUGCAGUUUCUUCUAAGUCCUAAAACAGUUACUUAAUUACUAAUUUUUACUUCAGAAGAUGAGAUUUUUUUUCUCAGUAAAUGUGAGAUAACAUGAUGGCUUUCAAAGAUAAAACUUGCUUUCUUACAAUGUCUUUAACUGAAUGUCCUGAUGAAUAUUUAAAGUUGAGAACUGGAUGCACAGUUUAAACUUAAAUCCAGAAAGUUGUAUGGCUGAAAGCUACUUCCUCUGCACAUCAAUACUAUUAAGUGUAGACCUUCAGAAGAUCAUUAAAGGAGAACAAUUUAAGCUGAAACACCUUUUUACAUUUAGAAAAAUCUGAUCUUGAUUUCUUCUUUUUGGCAAAAAACUUUCAUUCUAAAGCUUCUGUUUAUGGGUGGCUAAAAUAGGAGUGAUAAGGAGAUAAGAGCUCCAAGCUUGAAGGGAAAGAAGACAUGUAUGAAGUGGAGGCACCAUCCAUGCUGUAAUAGAAGACAGACAUGCUUCAAGCUUGUCUUGCAUUCACUUGCAGCUAAACAGGUCUAACACAUGGAUGAGGCCAAACUAUGCUAGAGCCACCAUAUUGAAAAUUCUGCUUUUGUUUUCUGUUUUCUAGAUCAUGAUUUUGAACUCUGUUCUAAUAUAUCUUGGCCAUAAGUGAGUAUACACUACAACAAUUUAAGGUAAAUUUACAUCCUACUGGAGAGCCUUUGAUUCAACGUUUUCCUGCCUGACCACCUGGGGCAGGAUUAUAGCUGUUGCAGUUUUUCGCAAUAAAUAGUCCUCUAGCAUUCAAGUUCUCCAUCAAGGAAAGGGCAAAGUCCAGGAUAUAUCAUGUUGUGCUCAAAAAUUUUGGAGGCCAUUGUUUCAGUCUAAGAGGAAUUAUUUUGUUCUUAAUAUGUAUAUAAAUCACUAUGUUCAGGAGUUCUUCAGCAUUUCCAUAAUACUGGGCUAAGUUUGCAGCUCAUGGAACCAUUUGAGAAUCUUUUUAAAAAGCUGCCAGUGUAUGUACAAUUAAGUUACUACUGUUGACUUAAAGCCGUAAGGCUUUGUGUGAUAUUUAUAAUUUGUUUAUAAAGUAUAGAACUAAUUUCAAUUCUGAGACUUUGCAUUUUCAACCAAGAUGGACUCGUAAGAUGAGAUCUGUAAGACGGUGAAAAAGACGUUAGAACUUUAAUUCUGUAGAAUGAUCUCCUUGUAGGAUAUCACCAGAGGUAUUUCCUACCAGUGAAAUAGAAACAGCAGGUGAGUGUCCUGGUCAGCCUUGAAAAGAUAAAUGUGCCACUCAAUGAUGAAAACAUUCUGAAGCCCCCUUCCACUUAUUAGUUGAACUAGUCCAUAAUUGUGCAAUUAAACCAAUUUAGGAUAUCUUUGUGUCCUUGGAUCUUUGAUACUGAACAUUGGGAUUUCUUAAUGUGAGACAUUCACCACAUGUAGUACUAAUGUUGGAGCUCCACACGUAUUAUGGAAAGUACUGGGUUCAAUGUGACUUGCGCUUAAAUCUAUCCAAAUAUGACUACACAUGGAGCCUGAUCCAUUUACUUUUUUCCAAGUGGAAUAAUAAAUGUCUCUGUUUAAGCUAAUGCUUUAAAGCUUUGCAUAUAAUUUAGUACCAUUUAAACUAAAUUUGUCAAGCUUUUAUUUUUUUAAUUUGUGCCAUCUUUUUGGUAAGAGAAAGCAAGCUUUAAUAUCUAACUGGUUGCAUUAAUAUUUUUUGCUUGUAACUUAAAUGUUUGACAGCUUAUUUUUACCAUCUUCCAUUGGUUUUUCAGUUAGCCCCAAAUGUUAUUUGUCUUUAAGUGUUAACCCCACCCCAAAAUGACUUAAAUGCAUGUAUUCACCUGAAAAACAGAAGGAGAGCAGAUUGUUUCUUUAAAAAAAUAAACAUUCAAAUUCA